GAAUCUAAGCAAAAUUCUCCUCUCUCUAGAAAUCUUACUCCUCUCUCUCUCUCUCUCUCUCACGCACACAGAAGAAAGGCAAAUUCCCGUUGCGAGCCAAAUUCCGCUAUGACAAUCACCGGUACGAUGGCGUACGAACGCGAGCAACAAAUUCCCGGUGACUACGACCCUAAUUACGUACCUGACUCCGUGAAAUCUUUCGUAGUUCACAUGUACCGCCAUAUACGGGAGAAGAACGUCUACGAGAUCCACCAGAUGUAUGAGACGUCGUUCCAGAGCAUCAGUGAUAGGUUUUUCAAGGAUGCGCCUUGGCCUUCUGUCGACGCCGUGGCCCCAUACGUUGAUAACGAUCAUGUCUUUUGCUUGCUGUAUCGCGAGAUGUGGUUUCGACAUUUGUAUGCCAGGCUUUCGCCUACACUCAAGCAACGGAUUGAUUCAUGGGAUAAUUAUUGUAAUCUCUUCCAGGUUGUAUUACAUGGGGUGGUGAAUAUGCAACUUCCAAAUCAGUGGUUAUGGGACAUGGUUGAUGAAUUUGUAUACCAGUUUCAGUCAUUCUGCCAGUAUCGUGCUAAGAUGAAGAGCAAGACUGAGCAGGAGAUUGCGCUUCUGAGGCAGAAUGGUCAGGCAUGGAAUGUGUAUGGUGUCCUCAAUUACUUACAGGCACUUGUGGAGAAGUCUAUGAUUAUUCAAAUCCUUGAGCAGGAGAAGGAAGGCCUUGAACAGUUCACUGCUACAGAUGGAUAUGACUACAGCGGUGGAAGUAAUGUAUUGAAGGUCUUGGGAUAUUUUAGCAUGAUUGGUCUACUUAGAGUUCACUGUUUGUUGGGUGAUUAUCAUACCGCCCUGAAGUGCUUACUUCCUAUUGACAUAAGUCAACAAGGCGUGUACACCAGUGUUAUUGGAAGCCACAUCACUACUAUAUAUCAUUAUGGAUUUGCAAACCUCAUGCUGAGGAGGUAUACAGAUGCAAUUCGAGAAUUCAACAAAAUACUUCUUUACAUUUUUAAAACCAAGCAAUAUCACCAAAAAUCCCCUCAGUAUGAGCAGAUACUAAAGAAGAAUGAGCAGAUGUAUGCCUUGCUUGCUCCUCAAGUGAAGCUUGUUGAGGAGGUUGUGAACUCUCAGUUACGGGAAAAAUACGGUGAAAAAAUGUCAAGGAUGCAGAGAUAUGAUGAUGAGGCAUUCGCUCUAUAUGAUGAGCUCUUCUCUUAUGCCUGCCCAAAGUUCAUUACUCCCUCUGCCCCAAGCUAUGAGGAGCCUCUCGUAAAUUAUAACCAGGAUGCUUAUAGACUACAGUUGAAGUUGUUUCUUUAUGAAGUAAAGCAGCAGCAACUAUUAUCAGGCGUUCGAACCUUCUUAAAAGUGUACUCAACAAUCACCCUCGGGAAGCUUGCUGCAUACAUGGAAGUGGAUGAACCUACCUUGAGGACGAUCUUGAUGACAUACAAACACAAGACACAUGCUGUAGAUUUUGAUGGAAAAAUCACCUCGAAUGCGGAUAUAGAUUUCUAUAUUAAUGAUGACAUGAUUCAUGUUGCUGAAUCAAAAUCAGCAAAACGGUACGGAGAUUAUUUUAUGCGCCAAAUUGUCAAGCUCGAAGGGGUAAUGACCGAUGUUGACAGGAUAAAGCUGGAAUAGGCAUUAGAAAUUUACUCUAGGGUUUUCUGCUGCUUCCCUUUGUUUUUUCCAUGUCGCCCCCCACAAAAAUUGCAAGCAACUCAAAAUAAGAGAAGAAUGAUAGAAGGUGGGGCAGUUUUGGUAAGUAUCAUUGUUGGAAUGGUAUUUAGAUUGUGAUUCAUUGUGAAAAAUAUACUUCUUCUUGGUAAUGACAGCUAAUAGGAAGAGAAUGUUAUGAAAGUGAAAUCAAGUUUGCCUUUCCUUUUCUGGCCGCUGAGCGUGAUUAACUUACUGGAACUGAGUGAUCAUCAUUCAAGGUUUUCUCUUUCUGUUGAUCUUAAUAUCACUUUGCUAGUAUGUAAAAUUCUGUUUGUUCUAUUUUCA